AUGUCGAAUCGCAGCCCGUUUGAGGAUUACGCCAAUCGGAUCCGGGCCGCUGCGAAGGCCGGCGGCCGUGGAGGCCCUGGCUUCCCUGGCGGUUUCCCCGGCGGCUCUCCCCGCGGUAUUGGUGCCGGUCUUGCCGGUCUUCUUUUAUUCGGCGGCGGCGCACUCCUCUUCCAGAACGCCCUAUUCAACGUCGAUGGUGGUCACAGAGCGAUCAAAUACCGGAGGUUGAGUGGUGUCAGCAAAGAUAUCUACGCCGAAGGUACCCAUUUGAUGGUCCCGUGGUUCGAAACACCCAUUAUCUACGAUGUGCGAGCGAAACCGAGAAACGUUUCCUCCCUGACCGGCACGAAGGAUCUCCAAAUGGUCAACAUCACUUGCCGUGUGCUCUCGAGGCCUGAUGUGCAGUCCCUCCCCCAGAUCUACCGGACCCUCGGCCAGGAUUACGAUGAGCGUGUCCUCCCCUCGAUUGUAAACGAAGUCCUGAAGAGUGUUGUGGCCCAGUUCAACGCCAGCCAACUGAUCACCCAAAGAGAGAUGGUCGCCAGGCUCGUGCGGGAGAAUCUGUCGCGGAGAGCCGCGCGAUUCAACAUCACCCUGGAUGAUGUAUCCCUGACGCAUCUCGCCUUCUCCCCGGAAUUCACAGCAGCGGUUGAGGCCAAGCAGGUUGCCCAACAAGAGGCACAGCGCGCCGCCUUCGUCGUCGACAAGGCCCGGCAGGAGAAGCAAGCCAUGGUUGUCAAGGCACAGGGUGAGGCCCGGUCCGCCGAGCUCAUUGGUGAUGCUAUCAAGAAGAACAAGGCGUAUGUGGAGCUGAAGAAACUGGAGAAUGCUCGCACGAUUGCCGGGCUUCUGCAAGAGGCAGGCGGCAAGAACAGACUCCUACUCGACGCAGAAGGCUUGGGUCUGAAUGUUUUCGACCAGACUGAGAGGAAGUAA